CGAAUGAUAUGGGAUCUGCAAAAACCCGGAGAAAAGACACUGCACUGCUGCACUGACACUCAUUUCAAUGGAGACUCAGCGUCACCGGGAUCAUUACAAAUAACUUACAGCUGUAAACAGUGCAUCGAUUAGGCGCACAAUUACGAGCAUCUUUGGGAUGAAUUUCCACUCCUUUGGGAUAAAGUUACCCAUUUAAUCUGAAUCAGAAUAUGCAUAUGAGUGGAGAACUUUUCAGUCGUAAGAAGACACCAAUGUCUGUCCUGCAAGCGUAAAUGUGUCUCAACAGCCCCGUGAAAGUGAUGCAUAAAGACGUUGCGCGUCGUUCAAUCUUCCCAUAUUACAAGUAACGGUUUUGUGACGAACAUGACCUUAAUGUAAAUACUUUACAUUAUUUUUUAUUUUAUAGGUUUAAUUUUCUCCACCAGAUCGCCAACAAUGCAGGUCCUUCUGUUUGCCACCGUUCUCUUCUGCGUCGAGGACUUCGUCCGUGCUGAGCCCAAACCAAAGUGCACGGAGCGCUGCGACGUGAGCACUUGCCCCAGCCCCAGCUGCCCGAUGGGUUACGUUCCAGACCGAUGCAACUGCUGCCUGGUAUGCGCCCAGGGCGAAGGAGAUCCAUGCGGACGCAAAGACGACCUACCCUGCGGUGAUGGACUCGACUGCAAGCACCCGGCCGGCAAGCGUCUCGCCAAGGGGUUCUGCCUGUGCAAAUUGGGGCAUAAAGUCUGCGGCAGUGAUGGCAAUACCUAUGGGAACGUGUGUCAGCUUAAGGCGCAGAGUAGGAAGGCUCUGCAACAGGGGCUGCCAGCCAUCAACUCGGUCCAGAAGGGACCAUGCAAAAUAAACCAAAACAAAGGUACUUCACACCCCACCAGUCCCAGGUAUAAGUUUAACUUCAUAGCUGACGUGGUGGAGAAGAUCGCUCCGGCUGUGGUCCACAUCGAACUCUUCCUCAGACACCCUCUGUUCGGCCGGAACGUCCCUCUGUCUAGCGGGUCAGGCUUUGUGAUGUCAGAGACGGGCCUGAUAGUGACCAAUGCCCACGUCGUGUCCAGCACCACGCCCAUGUCAGGUCAUCAGCAGCUCAAGGUCCAGAUGCACAGUGGUGACAUCUACGAGGCGACCAUCAAGGACAUCGACAAGAAGUCCGACAUCGCCACCAUAAAAGUCAACUCACUGAAAAAGCUCUCGGUGCUGUUGCUUGGCCACUCGGCCGACCUUCGACCCGGUGAGUUUGUGGUUGCGAUCGGCAGCCCCUUUGCGCUCCAGAACACGGUUACCACGGGGAUCGUGAGCACGGCCCAGAGGGACGGCAAAGAGCUGGGCAUCAGAGACUCUGACAUGGGCUAUGUACAGACAGACGCCAUCAUUAACUAUGGAAAUUCAGGUGGACCUCUCGUUAACUUGGAUGGAGAGGUGAUUGGCAUCAACACUCUCAAGGUGGCUGCUGGGAUUUCCUUCGCCAUCCCCUCUGAUAGGAUCACACGCUUCCUCAACGAAUCAAUGGACAAGCAGAGCAAAGAAGUGAGAUCACUGAAGAAACGGUUUAUUGGGAUAAGGAUGCUCACCAUCACCUCAGCCCUGGUUGAGGAGCUGAAGCAGCAGAACCCAGACUUCCCAGAGGUCACUAGUGGGAUCUACGUUCAUGAAGUGGUUCCUCACUCUCCUGCACAGAAAGGUGGAAUCAGAGACGGCGACAUCAUCGUGAAGCUGAACGGCCGUCCGCUGCUGACCACUACUGACCUACAGGGGGCGCUCACACAGGAGACGACUCUGCUGUUGGAGGUCAGGAGGGGCAACGACGACCUCCUCUUCAACAUCCAGCCUGAUGUCAUUAUGCAGUAAUCAUGAUGAAAAUGACCACGAGUGUAUUCAAGAUUUUUUUUAAAUUAUAAUAAUAAUCUGAACGUUCUGUAACGUUACAAUGUCACUCAUGAACAGGCCCCUUGCUGUUCAACACCGAGCCCGAUGACGUCAUCCUGCAGUAACCAUGGCAACUGUGGUGUGGAAUCCGGGAGACUGAUAAAAGUAUAUGGACCACCAAACAAACACGCUUGUUGAGAGACCUAGACACUGAUAGUUGCAGUUAAACAUUGAUCUAGGGUCAGUUGUUUGUUUCUCCCCCUAAUGGUUGAUGAUAGGAUUUGGGAGGGUAAAAUAGGAUCCUAGAUCUAUGCCUAAAGGGUGACUUUUUAACCAUUCAGAUCCAAGGAGAAGACGAUCAACAAACAGAAAAACUGUGUUUGUUUGUUGGAACCUUGACGGGGAAACGAUAGACUGACUGAACCUUGUUUGGGAAAUCUCCACAGAACUCGAGUCCAGAUGCAUUUAGGACAGAAAGUCCCAGUGAAAUGAAACACUUGAUUUUAUUGUUAUAUGUGUGUUUUGUAUCAUCUAAAUGUCUUUGUCAAAGCAUACGAGCUGUUUUUUUGAGAAUCACUUACUCCGAAAGCAAGCAAUCAUUGAUAAGACAAGUUUUAGAUUAAUAGAUUUUUCAAUUGUUACAUUGCUUUUAUGGCCUUUAAAAUCUGUUAGAAUAGAAAUCAUUUCUGUAUAUACGAGUAGCUGUGUCCAAUGCUGUCGGUUCGGAACCAUUCCAUAACCAACUGUGAAUGUUAUUUGGUCAGUUAUAGGUUGAAAGAAAGAUCACAUUUUGGUCAGAAAUGGUCAGUUGAAAGAAAUACAUUAUUUUUCAGCUGGCAAAAUGUAAGCAAAUGUCUGAUUUGCAUCUGUUGCUGUAUUCUUGCGGUCUUCUACUAUAACCGACACGUUGGUAACACUUUACAUUAAUGUCCCCUUUAUAAAGGUGUUAUGAGUUCAUAAGUAGUUUACAAUACCAACUUGUGCUUAUAGUGUGAAUAAAUAAACUCACUUUACAGGCAGUGAGUUAUAUAUUAAUCAUCAUAACUUCAUAUUGAAUGUUUACAUAUCCGGAUUCCUUACCAACAGGCUAUGUGAAUGGGAGCGAUUGUUUUUUUUUACAAAUAAAUGUUUUAUAAAAAUAAAUGAACAUCUUUA